CUCAUUCUCUCUCUAUAUGAAUGAUUACAGUGGUUGUUGUUAUCUGGAGUACUCUGUUUGGUUACUGAGAAAUGGUAGGAAAAGGAAAUUAAAAAAUAUUGAAAAUUUGAAUCUCGGAUCUUUUAUUAUUCAAAACUGUAGAGAAUUUACUCCUCUGAUUAAAUAAGCGUAAUUGAAUAAGUUGGCUCAGUGGAGUUCGGCUCUCUCUCUCUUAAUUUUUUUUAGGGAAUUGUUGUGGCAGUGGAACCUUCAAUAUUGCCAGGCUCAUCUUUCCGCACUCUUCCUAUCUGUAUCUUGAACCUGAACUCCGAAAUAAUACGGAGAUGUUUCUAAUAUCUUUCCUUAUUCAACAACAAAAUCUAUUUCCGCUGGAAAUAUGAAUGCACGAAAGCUCCUGCAUAAUAUUAUCUGCAAUAAGCAAUACUUAUUGAAUUAGUAGCAGAAGCAUUUUAGGAAAGUGAGAUGUUUUUAACAAUUUCUGCCUUGUCAAAUUCCAUCAAGUUAUACACACGUGUUCUUGAUACGAGUCUUCGUUGACGACUCAUCCAAUCUGACACCAUCAACAAUACUUCUUUUCCUUUUACAAAUGUAACAUCCGUUCCCUAUAGAUAGACCUCUCCUUUUAGAUAAUCCAUGGUGAAUAUCUUUCCCCAUAUUGCUUCCCAUCCAAAAAACCCUCCUCUCAUCAGAAUCCACAGGUUCCAAACAAUAUCAGUUGGAAAAGGCUCUGAAUCCAACCCCUUUUGGCCUAUCCAUCUCUCAUUUUUCAUUUACACUCUUAGCUACCCUCGUCUAUAAAGCCCCAAAAAUGAGAAGAAGGCUUUCACUAAGAACUUUUCACUCUUUGAAUCUAACCAGCUGAUCUUAUCCUUUGUAUUCCACCUUACUAUUUCCUUUUGAAGAUUCCUCUUGUGAAAUCCAAAAAGAUUCAAAGAAAGAGGAAGAAAAGAAAAUAGAGGAUUUCUUAUUAUGAACACUCUUUUAAAAAUAGGUACAACACCAUUAGAGUUUAAAUAGACCCAAUAAAAUGAAAUAAAAUAACUUACUUUUAUUCCUAAAAGGAAAGAGAAUAUUUCUAAUCUUAAGAGAAUAAUUCUAAUAUAGUAACUAAAUAGAUAAUUAACAAUAACAUGCCCCACAAACUCACAAUGUGGUUGCAAGUAGUAUGGAGAGUUUGCCAACCAAAAACAGAAAAUGCGGAGGUGGAUGUGGCUUGGUAAACAAGUCUGCAAUCUGUAGGGAAGAAGGAACAAAAGGCAAAGUGAGAGUGUCAUGUUGAAGGUGAUGGCAAGUGAAGUGACAAUCAAUUUCAAUAUCCUUAGUUCUUUUAUGAAAGACAAAGUUAUGAACAAUCUGAAUAACACUCUUAUUGUCGCAAUACAUAAGAGUAGAACAAGAAAGAUAAAUACUCAUAUCAACAAGUAACUAACGUAACCAAACUAUUUCGUUGGUGGUAGAAGCCAUAUCCCAAUACUUAGCUUUUGUGGAAGAUUGAGAAAUGAUAAUCUAUUUCUUGAUCUUCCAAGAAAUAAGAGAAUCCCUAAAAAAUAUAUAAAAUCCAAUGGUAGACUUACGAUCUUCAAGAUCACUAGCCAAAUCAGCAUUAGAAUAUGCAUGCAACUUAAAGAGGAAGUAGAUAGAAAUAAAAGACUUUGAAAUAUAGUGUCUCGAAGAUACCUUAGAAUAUGAAGAACAAUAGCUCAAUGAAUUGUUGUAGGAGAAACAACAAACUGACUAACAAUGUGAACAACAUAAGCAAUGUCUGGAUGUGUAAUGGUGAGAUAGACCAAAUAGCCAAUAAUAGUAUGAUACAAAGUAGGGUCUGACAAGGGGUUACCAUAGGAAGAAGAAUACUAAACAUUAACAUUAGGAAGAGUAUCAACAGUCUUAGUAUCAGUUAGGUGAGCACGAUAAAAAAUAUCAACUAUAUACUUAAACUAGAAGAGAAGAUAACCUCUUGGAGAAGAAGCUACCUCAAUACCUAAAAAGUAUCGUAGAGAACCCAAAUCCUUCAUUUCAAAAUGGGAAGCCAAAUCUGAUUUCAACACCGCAAUCCCAUCAACAUCAUCAUCUGUAAUAAUCAUGUCAUCAACAUAUAGAGAUAUUGUCUCUUCCAUAGGGCAAACCUUUUUUGAAAUUUCCUCCACCACAUCCCACAUUGAUAUUGGCUUGAAAAGAGCACCCAAAGGUAGACUCAAAUAUGCGAAAGGAAACUUCCCUACCCAACAACCCAAUUUAGAAGCCAACUCCAAAUUAUCCUCCCUCCCAACUAGGGGAAGCUCACUUUUCUCCAUAUUGAUCUUCAACCCAUAAAUCAUAUCUAAUCACAUAAGAGUCCAAUUGAGAUAUACUAGUUGCUCUCAGUUUGCCUAAAAAAAAUGAUGUUGUCGUCAACAUAUAUAGCAAGUGAGUCAUCUCAACUCCCUUAAGGAAGUAAAAGUCUCUUUACUAGGAAUUUAGACUCUAAUAUGAUCAAAAUCACUAUAUAAACCAACUAAGAAGUAAAGGUUGUGAAGUCUAAACAGAAGGAGUGAAACAGAGAUGUCUUUGGCAGGGUAGAAUACAUGAAGAAUUUGGCUUUGGAUAAGAUGGAGUUUUGGGAUGCUAAGGAGAAGACUAACAGACUGUCUUUGGAAGAGAUGGAAGCUAGAAGAGAAACGAGGGAAGAAUAUAAAAAAUGGGUUUUACUAGAAGAGAUUACUUGGAGACAAAAAUCUAGGGAAGUGUGGUUGAAAGAGGGUGAUAGAAAUACGGGCUUUUUCCACAAGAUGACAAAUGCUCACAGAAGAAAAAACAAUGUGGACCGAAAUAGGAUUAAUGGUGUUUGGCAUUCGGAGGAGAAUGGGAUUAGUGAAGGGAUAGUAAAUGCCUUUAGAUCUCUGUUGUCCAAUUCGGGGGACUGGCGCCCUCCUUUAUCUGGGCUGCAGUGUGAAACGCUGCAGAAUAUGGAUGCUGGUGCGUUGGAGGUGCCGUUCACGGAAGAGGAGGUGUAUGGCGCGUCGUUGGGAUGUAGUGAGGAUAAAGCUCCGGGGCCUGAUGGCUUUUCAAUGGCUUUCUGGUAGUUUGCUUGGGACUUUGUGAAGGAUGAUGUGAUGAGUUUCUUCAGGGAAUUCUAUGAACACAGUAAAUUUGAUAAAAGUCUAAAUGCAACUUUUUUGGUUUUAAUCCCAAAAGAAGUGGGGACUGAAGAUUUAAGGGACUUUAGGCCCAUAAGCUUAGUGGGAAGCCUGUACAAGUGGUUGGCUAAGGUUUUAGCCAGUAGACUAAAAAAAGUGGUUGGAAAGGUGGUCUCUAAGGCUCAAGGGGCUUUUGUGGAGGGUAGACAAAUCCUAGAUGUAGUGUUGAUAGCUAAUGAAGCCAUUGACUCGGUUCUGAAGAAUAAUGAGAAUGGUAUUAUGUGCAAACUUGACAUAGAGAAGGCAUAUGACAAUGUGGACUAGUCUUUCUUCUCAUAGUUAUGCAAAAAAUGGGUUUUGGGGAGAAAUGGAUAGAGUGGAUUAAGUGGUGCAUAUCCACUGCAAGUUUCUUUGUGUUGGUUAAUGGCAUGUCUAAGGGCUUCUUUCAAAGCUCAAGGGAAUUGAGGCAGGGUGAUCCUCUCUCGCUUAUCUUUUUGUGAUUGCCAUGGAGGUCUUUAGCUCCUUCCUUAAAAGGGUUGUGGAUGGAGGUUUUAUGUCAGGUUGUAGGGUGAAGGGUAGGAGUGAAGAAGGGGUUUAAAUUUCCCACUUCUUGUUUGCUGAUGACACCUUGGUGUUUUGCCAAGCUUUUCAAGAUCAUCCGAUUUCCCUAAGUUGGCUGCUUAUGUGGUUCAAGGUCAUGUCGGGCUUGAGAAUAAACUUGGAGAAGAGUGAACUCAUUCCAGUAGGGAGGGUAGAGAAUAUUGAUGAUCUCACCUUGGAAUUUGGUUGUAGAGUGGGUAGUCUCCUGUCCACUUAUCUAGGCCUUCCCUUGGGUGCUCCGUUUAAGUCAGUAUUAGUGUGGGAUGGAGUGGAAGAGUGAUUCCGUAGAAGAUUGACAAUGUGGAAGAGACAAUACUUAUCCAACGGAGGAAGAGCUACUCUAAUCCGAAGUACUUUGUUGAAUCUUCCUAUUUAUUUUAUGUCCUUGUUGCGCUUACCAAGUUUAGUUAGCCGGAGACUAGAGCAAAUCCAAAGGGAUUUCCUUUGGGGUGGUGGCAGCUUGGAGCGAAAACCACAUUUAGUAAGAUGAGAGUGGGUGUGCUUAAGUAAAAAGAAAGGGGGAUUGGGGGUCAAAAGUCUUUCCAUCCUCAAGAAGGCUCUUCUUUCCAAAUGGAAUUGGCGAUUCGCAAAUGAAAGAGAGGCUUUGUGGAAUCAAGUGAUUAAAGGGAAGUAUGGGGAAGAUAGAGGGGGUUGGUGCCUCGGGAAGUGAGAGUGGCGCAUGGUGUGGGGCUUUGGAAAGGAAUAAGGAUGGACUGGGAGUUGGUGGGAGCUCGGAUUUCUUUCAAUGUUGGUAAUGGGAGGAGGGUGAGAUUUUGGAGGGAUAGAUGGUGUGGGGAUUCCUCUUUGUGUGAGUCUUUUCCUUCCCUCUUUGCUUUGUCUGUUGACAAAGAAGCUUGGGUGGCGGAUUUUUGGGAUCCAUCGGUUGAGGGGGGUUGGAAUCCCUGUUUUUCAAGGGCCCUAAAUGAUUGGGAGGCGGAGGAGGCGGAAAGAUUUCUAGAGCGUCGUCACGGGAAGAGAGUGCUUGGAGAUGUGGAUGAUAUGGUGGUUUGGACCGAAACAAAGAGUGGCAAGUUCUCGGCCAAGUCUCUUUACCUUGCUCUAGAAGCAGAUUGCCCUUAUUUGUUUCCUUCUAGCUGUAUUUGGAAUGUGUGGGUACAACCCAAAAUUAGUUUCUUUGCGUGGGAGGCUACAUGGGGUAAAACAUUAACCCUAGAUCUUGUUCAGAAAAGAGGAUGGGUCUUGGCAAAUAGAUAUUUUAUGUGUCUUGAGAAUGAGGAGAUCAUAGACCAUUUGCUUCUUCACUGCUCAAAAACAAGGGUCCUAUGGGAGUUACUUUUUAUUUUGUUUGGGGUGUCUUGGGUGCUGCCUUCUUUAGUUAGAGACUCUCCUUAGCUGGUAUGGUUCUUUGGUGGGCAAAAAGCGUAGGAAGGUGUGGAGAGCUGCUCCUCUUUAUAUAUUUUGGACGGUUUGGAGGACGAAAUAGAUUGGCUUUCAAGGAUGAUGAGUUGUCAAUCCAGAGAUUGAAAUACUCUUUUGUUUAUUCUCUUUGGUCUAAGGCUAAGCUGUUUAUAGUUGAAUGCCCUCUAACUAUGGUUAAGUUUAUUGAUUGGUUGGGAUCCUAUUAAGGCUGUUUUUUGGGCCAGUUGGAUUUUGGUUUCCUUCUUUUUCUUUGGCCUUUUUGGUGGUGGGUGUAUAGGUUUGUAUACCUUGAGUCGCUUUUUUGGCGUCUCUUUAUAUAUGAAGUUCUCUUUACUUAUCAAAAAAAAAAAAAAAAAGAAGCAAAAAAUUCUUCUUUCAAUAAACUCCUGAUACAUUGUCGCAUCUUUGCCCACUCCAUUUUUACAUUCUGAUAUUGAUCUAAUUAAAGCCAUAACCCUCGUAUAAUAUUGUAGUAUGUAGGCAUUGAAAGAUUACCAUAUUGGAUAUUAUGAGUUCUAGUAUUUAAUUUAAAAAAAAUGACACAUUUUUAACCUUUGAAUAAGUCCAACAAAUGGCUUCCCAAAUCUCCCUUGCUGCAGAGAGGAACAUAUAAGUUCUGUUGAUCUUCAGCUGCAUUGAGUUUCAUAACUAAAACAUUUUUUGGCCAUCUUCCUUAUCGCAAGCAUUGAAUUUGGGUCAUCCUUACUCAUCUCUAGCUUGAGUAAAUGGCUCAAUUUCCCUUUCCUUUUAGGUACGUUUUUACGAACUGUGACUGAUUUAGAUUAUUAUCUCCAUUAAGUUUAAAUGUGGCUGAAAUACUUGGACUUUUCCUGGGAUUGAGAUUGGUUUUGAGCGUUUGUGGUUGUUUAGGUAGUAGUGGAAGAGGCAUCAAAUUUUUCUGUCAUCUUGGGUUGGUUGGAGAUAGGAUGAGAUUACUGUUGUGGGAAGGAUAAAAUUUAGUUUGUUUUUUCUUCAGACUUGGCUCUACAACCAAAUAAAAAAUGGGUUUCAAAUCAACCCCUUGAAUGAACACCAACAAUGAAGGUUGGAAUACUGAACAAUUCCAGCAAUUAAGGCUGGAAAAAAUUGGGAUUAACUUUGGCAGUUGGGGCUGGUCAAUGGAAGAAAAAGAGGCUACUGUGCACAAAGCUUUGAUACUAUGAAAACAAAAAAUGAUUUCUGAAGAAUACUUGUACAUUCAUGGAAUAUAUUUACAACCUAUUUAUAAUGUUUACAAUUGAGAAAGAAAAAGAAAUUAUUCUAUUCUAGGCUUAGAAUUACUUUACUAAAUUAGUCACUAAUUACAGGAAAUAAAUCAGCCCGCUAAUUAUAGAAAGUAAAUACCAAGUCAACUAUACAAAAAAAGGAACAAAGCUAAAUAAAAUCUCAGCCCAUACAGGCUGUACAAUCCGAUAAUUACUACACAGAUUCUCCAAUGAAAACUCCUAGACAUCAUAACAAUUUCUUUAAAAAAACUCUUAGACAUGAUAAUUUUGCAAAGAAAUAAAAAAAGGGAAAAAAACUAUAUCAAGACUAAACAUUGGGUUUAAUUCAUUCUCAUAACCAAACAGAUGAAAGGAAUAAUUAUUCCUUUCCAGCAUUGUUUAUUUCCAGCUAUAGCUAUUCCUAUUCCAUUAGGAAUAACCACUGUGUACCAACAAGUUAUUGGAGAAUUUAUGAAAAGCAUUACAUCUUGGCAUACAUUUAACUCUUUUCGUGGAGUUCUAUGUUGAUAUGAUAUCAGCAAUGGAAUUUGAGAAGAGUGGUGAUUACCUGGCUGUUGGAGAUCGAGGUGGUCGGGUUGUAGUAUUUGAAAGGAAGGAUGAGAAAGAUUGUUGGAUAAAUUGGCUUAUGAUCUUUCUACCCCUAAUUAUGGCCUUCUUAGAGUUUAAAUCAGUGGCAUUCUCGAAAUGAGUUGGAGCAAUUGGAUUUUACUACCAUGCAGCAUCCCGUAUUUCAUUAUAAGACUGAAUUUCAGAGUCAUGAGCCCGAGUUUGAUUAUUUAAGGAGCUUGGAAAUUGAAGAGAAGAUUAACAAAGUAACAUGGUGUGCAACACCCAACAGAUCACUAUUUAUUCUUUCAACAAAUGACAAGACAAUUAAACUGUGGAAGGUUAAGGAUCAUAAGCCGAAGAAAGUAAAAGAAUUGAACCCUAAUCCAUUCGUGCAUUCGGAGAAUGUGCUUUUGGCUGAAAGUAGUUUUGUGAGCGGGCAAGAUAAACCAUCUGUUGCUAAUGGUUAUGCUUUAGAGUGGACAGAAAAAAUAGAUAACACGUCCCCAUCUCAAGACAGGCAUGCAAAGAGAGCUAAUAUUGGAGAGACUGUUUCUGCAAGAUGUCGGAAGGUGUAUGCUCAUGCUCAUGAUUAUAAUAUUAAUUCUAUCUCAAAUAAUAGUGAUGGUGAGACGUUUGUUUCUGCGGAUGACCUUAGGAUAAACUUGUGGAACCUGGAGAUCAGUGAUCAAUGUUUUAAUAUCAUUGACAUGAAACCAUCAAACAUGGAAGAUCUUACUGAGGUGAUAACAGCAGCUGAGUUCCAUCCAAUUCACUGUAAUCUGCUGGCAUAUAGCAGCUCAAGAGGUUUUAUUCGGCUAGUUGACUUGCGACAGUCAGCAAUAUGUGAUCACAAUGCAAGAAUAUUACAACAUGGAGAGUCCAGUGGGCUUAAAUCGUUUUUUACAGAAAUCGUCUCAUCUAUCUCGGACAUUAAGUUUGCAUCUGAUGGAAGGCAUCUCUUAAGUCGUGAUUACAUGAAUCUAAAGCUAUGGGAUAUACGCAUGGAGACUUCACCAGUUGCAAUUUUUAAGAUUCAUGAACAUCUUCACCCUAAGUUAUGUGAUUUGUACAAUAAUGAUGCCAUUUUCGAUAAAUUUGAGUGCUGCUUAAGUGGAUAUGGACUUCAUUUUGCUACUGGAUCUUACAGUAAUCUUUUACGUAUUUUCUCCUAUGGAGUUGGAAGCGAAGAAGGAAUCACAAUCGAAGCUAGCAGAAAUCCUAACAGGAAGUCACAUCUCCAAGCUGCUCCAAAAGCUAGAAGGUCUUCAAUAAGCAACCUAACACGGGGAUUUAGCAGACAAGCAAAUGAAAAUUUGAGCUCAGGUAGUAAUGAGCUUUCUUGUAACUUGAGCUCCAAGCUGCUACAUCUGGCAUGGCAUCCAACAACAAACUUCAUUGCUUGUGCUGCAGGGAAUAGCUUGUAUAUGUAUUAUGCCUAGCUCCCACAGGGUACCUCGUCUUUUUAUGCAUGAUCUCAUGCACAAUUUGGUUAGAACAGAACCUCAAAGAACAAUGAUCUAGAGGGUUCUGUUGAUGUCUCAAUUUAAAAUUGUGUUUGUGCUCUUGUUUAUUAAUCUAAUUAAAGGUUGUUAUAUGGUACCCCUGUUCGUACCUA